GCUAACAUUGCUGGCAAUCCAAAACAAAAGUCAAGAUGGCGGCAAUCGUCUGCUCGAGACACCUUCUCAAAGCAAGUAUGUCGAGGAAAAGGUUUUUUUCAAGCGACGCCGUUCGAAAAGGUCUGAUGGGUAUGAUGGGAAAAACCCCUCUUGUCAGACUAAAUAAAAUGAGUGACGAGACUGGUUGUGAGAUUCUUGCAAAAGCUGAGUUCUGUAAUGGUGGUGGAUCUGUGAAAGACCGCGCUGCCCUUUUUCUUAUUCAAGAUGCUAUUAGAAAGGGUCAGUUGCGUCCAGGAGGGACUGUUGUAGAAGGUACAGCUGGCAACACAGGAAUCGGUCUUGCUCACAUGUGCCUCUCAAUGGGUUUCAAGUGCAUGAUAUUCAUGCCAAAUAAUCAGUCAAAAGAGAAAAUAGAGAUGCUGGAGACACUGGGAGCAAAAGUGAAAACUGUGCCUGUUGUACCAUGGUCUGAUCCCAAUAAUUAUAAUCAUUUAGCAAGACAAUUUGCAGAAACUACAGAGAAUGCUGUUUGGACCAACCAGUUCGAUAAUACUGCCAACCGCCAGGCUCACAUAGAGACAACUGGUCCUGAAAUUUGGGAGCAAACAGGUGGCAAAGUAGAUGUAGUGACCUUUGGAACUGGUACAGGAGGUACUUUAUCAGGAGUGGGUAUAUUCCUCAAAGAGAAGAACCCUGCUAUCAAAGUGAUUCUGGCUGACCCACAAGGCAGUGUGCUAUACAAUUACAUCAAGCAGGGCAAGCUAGAAAGAACAGAAGGAAGUUCUAUAACAGAAGGUAUUGGUCAAGGACGUGUUACCAGAAAUCUAGAAGGUGCCCCAAUAGAUGAUGCUUUACUGAUUCCAGAUACAGAUGCAGUGAACAUGACUUUUCGGCUGCUGCAUGAAGAGGGCUUUUUUGUAGGUGCAUCUACAGGAUUAAAUGUUGCAGCUGCAGUUCAGGUUGCCAAACAAAUUGGUCCUGGGCAUACCAUAGUGACAUGCUUGUGUGACACUGGCCACAAAUACUACAACAAGCUGUUUAGCAAGAAAGAAAUUGAGCAGCGAGGUCUUCUUGAUUGUAUACCCCCAGCAUAUAGAGUGUCCUUGCAUAAUUAAUGUACUUAAUUCUUUAGAGGUGAAAAAGUUAUAGUAUUAUUCAGCUUUUGCUUUGCUCUCUACUGUUCUUUUCCAAGUCUGCUUUGGUCUCACAACUUUCCUCUUCCCCUGAGGGUUCCAGUCAAGUGCCUGCCUGGCAAUUGUGUCGGCUUGUUUGCGCAGGGUGUGUCCUAUCCAG